UCUUCCUUGCAACUGAAACUCUCCUGUUUAUCUCUGGUCUUUCGCUCUUUACUCUCCAACAAGCUUUUAAUUUGCUUUGAAAAUAUCGUUUCUUUUACAUAUUCCUCUCUAUUUUUAAAAAACCCAUCUUUGAUGAUACAGUUUUGGAGAUGAAUCCAGCGAGUCCCUUCCCAGUGAAAUACACAGAGCACAGAACUGUUACUAACAAGCUAGUGAAGCCAUCCAGCAAGUGGUUUCCAAUGGAGUCCAAAGCCAAAGCCCCUAAAGUUGUCAGGGUUUGUAUCACCGAUGGAGACGCGACCGAUUCUUCAAGCGACGAAUGUGAUCGGGUGAGAUACCAGAGAGUGAAAAGGCAUGUGAACGAAAUCAGGAUCCAAGAUUGUUCCACUGCCAAUUUCUCCAAGCCACCCAACAAGCAAAACAGGCAAGUAAGUAAUAAAAGCAACCAUGUGAAUAUCCGAUCAAAGAAGCAGCAACAACAACAGCAACAAUGUUUGUCCAACGGUAUGAAGUAUCGCGGGGUUCGACAAAGGCCGUGGGGGAGAUGGGCGGCUGAGAUCAGAGACCCCACAAGUCGAACCAGGGUAUGGCUUGGGACUUAUGACACGGCAGAAGAAGCGGCCUUGGUGUACGACCGAGCCGCGAUUCGAAUCAAAGGCCCGGAUGCUCUCACAAAUUUUUCGAAACCUCCUGUGAGGCCUCCGCCGGAGAUUGAACUCGAAAUGAUUUCCGGGUAUGAUUCGGGUCAAGAAUCUCAGUCUCUCUGUUCACCUACAUCUGUUCUCAGGUUCCAGUCCAAUGAAGAAGCUGAACUUCAAACCGAAUCCAACGAUGACUCUUUAGACGACAUGGAAAGAGGGUGGAGACCUGUUGAAGAACUGGCAGGCGAACCAAGUAACUUAUCAGAUGAGUAUUUAUUAACAGAUCCGGGAGCUUUAUGUGAUUACUUCAAUUCUGAUAACCCUGUCCCUGAGCCAAUAUUUUUCGAUGAAAUGAGGUUACCAGAAGACAGCAAUUUGGAACUUGAUAUCUCUGUAAAAUUAGACGUUGAUUUUGGGUCUUCCACAUGGGAUGUAGAUAACUACUAUUAAUAUCAGUUUAAUAUCACUUCCCUGGAGUUGCUGCUUGUUCCCACUUCCCAUUUGCUGGUAAAUACUUUACCCUGCGUAAUUUACUUCAAUGUCAUGGUAAAUUUCCGAGUGGAAUUUUGGUCACAUAUUUUCCAGUUUUCUUUCAGUACUUUUUUACUACAGUGUGUUAACAAAUGCCAAGUUAAUAUGUAAAUUCUUGCUUCUUUUCCGUGUAUGGCUUUUCUUUUCUUUUGAAUUGAAUUGGUUCGGUGUGCGUUUCAUUUGGCGUGGUCAUUGUGUGUGCUUGAAAGUGUGCUUAGCGGUUAUGGCUUUCGUUCAAAAACGAGAGAGAGAGAAAAAAAAAGAUUAUGAUCUGAAUUUUUUUACUUUA